AUGGGGGCUUUAACCAUAAACCGUAAGCGCGGUGACGAUUAUUUUAAAUCCCCAGCUCUGUUUUCGCCCUUAUUUGAUCAUUCGUACACUCGCGUUUCCAAGAAGCCCAGGCUCUCAAAUUCCACGAAUCAAAAUACCGUUGAUUUUGAUCGGCCCCUAUCCGCAAAAUCUGUGAAUUCGAGGAUUUCUGAGUACCCAGAUUCGAAACCGAGGUUUCCGAGGGAAGUUCAUGCUCCAGUUAAGAGUUACAGAUUUGGGUUUUCAGUAAGUAAGAAUAAAAUUGAGCCUAGCUCUAGUUUUGAAGAAAGUUCAGUUGUUAAAAUGGGGAAUAUUUAUGGAACUCUUAAAUCAAAGUUAGAAGAGGCAAGAAUUAUUGCAAUGAGAACUUUCAGGUAUGUUGGGAAAGAGAAUGAAAAAGACGUGAUUGAGAUUGAUGACGAGAAGGAAAGGCAAGGUGAUAUAUCAGAGGAUUCGAGUGUUCAUGAGGUGGAUGUAGUGGAUUUUCCGAGGAGCAAGUGGAAGGAGGGGAAGGAGGGGAAUGGUGUUUUGGGAAAUUCACAGGAACUUGAAGGGAAAAUGGUUGAUCGGUCAUUGGAUUCUUCUGUAAUAUCGGAUGCAAGUUGUGUGAAUGUAAAGGUGGAUUCCACGGGAAAUAUGAUGCACUUAAAGCUGUUGAACCAGGAACCAGAUGUGCUGGGGGUACCUGUUCACAGGAAGCUGUAUGAUUCCGCAAAGAAGAGGAAUGGUAAGCUGGGUAUUUUAGGUUUUGCCAUAGAGUUACAGGAAAAGUUAUUUCGAAGGCUUCAAUUAUUUCGGCCUCAGAAGAAAGUGGAAGAAACUAAGAAGCAUGUGCCCGAGGAAUGUUUUAAGCCUCUUACUGUGGAGGAAGAGGCUCAGGUUGCUUGGGCUCUGUCGAAGUCCAAUAGGAGAAAGGUUUUGGUGAGUCAUAAGAAUUCUAAUAUUGAUAUUACUGGAGAAAUAUUGCAGUGUUUAAAACCAGGUGCAUGGUUGAAUGAUGAGGUCAUUAAUUUGUAUCUAGAUUUAUUGAAAGAAAGGGAAAAAAGAGAGCCGCAGAAGUUCUUGAAAUGUCAUUUCUUUAGCACAUUCUUCUAUAAGAAGCUAAUUGGUGGUAGAGAUGGCUACAAUUUUCAAUCAGUUAGAAGAUGGACUACCCAAAAAAAGCUGGGAUAUAGCCUCUUGGAGUGUGAUAAAAUUUUUGUGCCUAUCCACAAAGAAGUACAUUGGUGUUUAGCAGUUAUAAACACAAAGGAUGAAAAGUUUCAGUAUCUUGAUUCACUCAGAGGAGUUGAUGCAAAAGAAAUGAAAGUACUGGCCAAAUACUUUCUUGAUGAAGUGAAGGACAAGAGUGGAAAUGACAUUGAUGUCAAUUCAUGGGAGCAAGAAUAUGUAGAUGACCUACCUGAGCAGGAAAAUGGGUUUGACUGUGGCAUGUUCAUGAUCAAGUAUGCCGAUUUCUAUAGCAGAGAUAUAGGAUUAUGUUUCAACCAGGAUCACAUGCCAUAUUUUAGGCGGAGGACAGUUAAAGAGAUUUUGAGGAUGAAAGCCGAGUAA